AUGGAGCGCGUACUCGUCGUUGGCGCCACAGGCAACAUUGGGGUUUCCGCCAUCAUCGCCGCCUUGCGCUCCAAGCGAGAAGUGCUGGCUCUCGUGCGCAACCAGGCCGCCACAGAAAAGCUGUACCGGCACGUCGGCACAAAGACCGGAAUCACCACGGUCGAGGCCGAUGCGACGAGUGAAGAGGGCGUGCAGAGUGUCGUUGACCGCGUCAGGGCCGGGAAAUUGCCCUCAUUCCAACAUGUUUACGAGGCAGGUAAGAAUGAAACCAGUUGGAACCUCCUUCGAGAGAAAGAGAAAGAGAGACAGCCCGACAUUUGGGCGAGAAAGAAGUGUACCCACGGCAGCAAGCGAUUCUCCUGGGGUUUCGCUUCUCGUCUCGAUGGCGUCCGUAAGCAGUCUUCGCUGACAAAAGAAAUGAGUAUAGUUGGAGUCUGGAAUCCCAAAAACCCCCUCUACACCGUCGAUCUCACUUCCUAUCGUGAGACCAUGAAGAUCAACGCCGAGUCUGCAUUCUCCGCUUACCGCGCAACAAUCCCUUAUCUCCUCGAACAAGGAAACCCGCAUUCGACCUGGACCAUGGUGACAGGCGGCGCGGGCAGGUCGGGGGUCGCUGGCGUCACGGCCGUGUCGCAGGGCGCUCUUUUCUCGCUGGCAGCGGUGGCCAGUCGCGAGCUGGACAAGACCAAUGUCCGCUUCAACGAGGCCUAUCUCGACUACCGUGUUGAAUAUGAUGCCAACUGCGACGGCGAGGCCAAUGCGUGGAAAAUGAAGGCCUCGGAUUAUGCAAAGGUGUACGAAGCGAUUCUGGCCGACGAACAAGUCAAAGGAUGCAGGGUCACGGUCGAGUCUCCGAAGGACCUGGAGAAGCUUCGAUAUCAGAAAAAGUUGGCCCAGCUCAACACAGCCAACUCCUGGGGCCAGUGA